AUGCAAGAGGCACAGCAACAGUGGGCAGCAGCGGCACACACACUGACAUCGGGAACCUCGCUGCAGCUGCGCUCGUCCUUGCUGGUGCUGGCUGAUAAAUUUCCGAAACCCAAUCUGCCCAUUGGACGGCUCCUGCGCCCGGCCCGGGGAAAAGGCGGCUUCGCUGGGUCAACACGCCCCCUGGCGGCUGCUGCGGCGGAAGCCCAGAAUCCGCCUGCCUUCCUGCCUGCGGGCGGGCCCCUCCCCGGCGCUUCCCCGGCUGAGCCGCUGAUAAAUACCGGAGGGCUGGCGGAGGCAGCAGCAGCAGGCGAAACGCGAGCGAGUCCAGAGAAACCUGCGCCCCCGUCUGGGCUCCCCUCCGCCUUCGUGACCGUCUGCUGGCUGCGCUGCCCCGCGCCCUUCGAAGCUGCAAUCAUGCGCAACUUUCCUCAGGGGAAUCUUCAGGCCCUCUUCCCGGUUACCGCGCUUACCAUCAUCUUUUCAGCUGCUGCCCUGGGCUUAAUGUUGACGAUGGUUGGGACUAUGUUGGUACCACAAGAUGCGUUCCCUUUGCAACUCGAAAGUCGCGUGCUGGCUAUCUUGGAUAGAUGGAAUAAUUCCCAGCCGGCUGCCAUGGGCAAAUGGAAUAUCUCCCAGCAAGAGUACCCAGUGCUCUCACCUGCCGCUUGAAGCGCCAACGACGAGAACAGCCCUGGCACCAAGCGAUUUUGUGUCAAGCGAUUAAUGGCUUUGCUGUUUUAAAAAGUUUCAGUUGCUUGUUGUGUGCUAUGAGAGUGUAGUGGUUUGAACUCCAAUAAAGCCAACUUGUCACACA